CCCCCCCCCACCGCCUUCGUCGCCAUGGGCAAGCAACCGAAGCAGCAAGUGCUCUCCCGCUUCUUCGCUCCCUCCGCCGCCGCCAAACCGCCCGUGGCACCGCCUCCGCCGAACCCACCCGCCUCCGCCUUCGCUUCCUUCUCUCCCGCCAAGCGCGCGCGCGCCCUCUCCCGCUCCCCCAAAACCCCCGACGCCAAAAAACACAAACCCUCCUCAUCCUCCUCCGCCCCCGCUCGCGAUGCCGUCCGCCGCAGGCUCCUCGAGCCGCCUCUCUCCGCGCUGCCGGCGCCGACGGCGGUUCCACGGCUUCCCGCAUCAAACCCUAGCAGCAGCGGCAGCGGCAGCGGCAAGGGAUACACGCCGCUGGAGCAGCAGGUGGUGGACCUCAAGGCGCGGCACCCGGACGUGCUCCUCAUGGUCGAGGUAGGCUACCGCUACCGCUUCUUCGGCGAGGACGCGGCCGCUGCCGCCUCCGUGCUCGGCAUCGUCGCGCACCCGGACCGCAGCUUCCUCACCGCCAGCGUCCCCACUUUCCGCCUCGGCUUCCACGUCCGCCGCCUCGUCGCCGCGGGCCACAAGGUCGGCGUCGUGCGCCAGACCGAGACCGCCGCCAUCAAGGCGGCCCACGGCGGCGCCGCGGCCGGGGCGCCGUUCGCGCGCGGGCUGUCGGCCGUGUACACGCGCGCCACCAUCGAGGCCUCCGCCGGGGAGUUGGAGGGCGGCGGCGCGCCUGAGGAGGGGAGCAGGUACCUCGUGUGCGUGGUGGACAGGGAGGCGGAGGCGGUGGGGAGGGAGGGGUUCGAGGUGAAGGUCGGGGUGGUGGCCGUCGAGGUGUCCACCGGCGAGGUCGUGCAUGGGGAGUUCAUGGAUGGCGCCUCCCGGAGCGGCCUCGAGGCCGUGCUUCUUGGCUUGGCGCCCGUCGAGGUCAUUCUCGGCACUCCACUCUCGUUCGCUACGGAAAAGCUGAUGAGGGCAUAUGCGGGACCUGCUUCUAAUGUCCGGGUUGAGUGCACCCCGCGCAUGUGUUUUGGUGAGGCCGGCGCUUUAGCAGAAUUGCUGUCUUUUUUUGAGAAGUCAGAGGUCAAUUCACCGACCAUUGAAAACAAUAGGCAGAUGAUAGAAAUAAGUGAAGCAGACAACAGUUGUCACGGGAUAGACAAUAAUCGUCAAGGGAUCGACAAUGAUCUUCAUGGGAUUGAGGGCAUCAUGGCUCUGCCAGAGCUAGUGGUGCAAGCAAUGGCAUUGAUUGUUCGCUAUCUCAAGGGUUUCGGUAUGGAAAGGUUAAUCUGCUUUGGUUCUUCAUUCCGUCCAUUUAGUGCUAAUACUGAAAUGUCCCUAUCAGCAAACGCUCUUCAACAACUUGAGGUAUUGAAGAACAACUCAGAUGGUUCAGUAGAAGGGUCUUUAUUCCAAGCUAUGAACAACACAUGUACAGCUUUUGGAUCUAGGCUGUUUAGACACUGGUUGACCCACCCCUUAUGUGAUAGAAAUCUAAUAUGUGCUCGUCAUGAUGCGGUCUCUGAGAUCUCUGAAUCGAUGGGGUCACGGCAACAUUCAGAUAGCAUGCUUCAUGAUGGAGAGGAUGGGGGCUGCACAGCUUCUGUGCGAAGUGAUCUAAGCACCGUUCUUUCAUCUAUUCUAACAAUGCUGGGAAGAUCACUUGAUUCUCAAAGAGGAAUAACACGGAUUUUUCACUGCAAAGCCACAGCUAAAGAGUUUGUUGGAGUCAUCGAGGCUAUCCUGACAGCUGGAAAGCAGCUGCAGAAGCUUGUUCUCGAGGAUACUGACACUGUGUCUUCUCAGCGUAAAUCUGUCCACUCUUCUUUGCUGAGAAGGCUAAUAAGUACAGCUUCAUCAUCCACUGUACUUUCUAAUGCUGUGAAACUUCUUUCGUGUCUUAACAAAGAUGCUGCUGAUCAAGGAGACAUGCUAAACAUAUUCAUUGCGUCUGUUGAUCAAUUCCCUGAGGUUGCAGAGGGCCAUGUGACUGUUGAAAUGGCCAAGCGAAAACUGGAUUUGUUAAUUGUUGAGUAUCGGAAGCAGCUUGGUAUGCGCAACUUGGAGUACAAAACUGUAGCUGGAACAACUUAUUUGAUUGAACUACCAGUAGAUAGAAGGGUGCCUUCAAAUUGGAUGAAAGUAAAUAGCACAAAAAAAACUAUCAGAUACCACACUCCUGAAAUCGUGAAAAACUUGGACAAUUUAGUGCUGGCUAAGGAAGAACUAGCAGUUAUCUGCAGGACAACAUGGCAUACGUUCCUUAUGGAUUUCGGCAAAUAUUAUGCGCAGUUUCAAGCAACUGUUGAGUCUCUUGCAGCUCUAGACUGCUUAUACUCUCUUGCCACACUUGCAAAACAAAAUAACUAUGUGCAACCUAAUUUUGUUCCUGAGAAUGAAGCAAGCCAGAUUCACAUCAAAGACGGCCGCCAUCCGGUUCUGGAGUCUCUACUUGGAGACAAUUUUGUUCCAAAUGAUACAGACCUUCAAGCAGAUGAGGAGUACUGCCAGAUUGUUACAGGACCAAACAUGGGAGGAAAAAGUUGCUAUAUUCGCCAAGUUGCAUUAAUUACCAUUAUGGCCCAGGUUGGUUCCUUUGUACCAGCUUCAUCAGCAAGAUUGCAUGUUGUCGAUGGAAUCUAUACUAGGAUGGGUGCAUCUGACAGUAUUCAGCAAGGAACAAGUACCUUCUAUGAAGAGUUGAAUGAAGCUUCCAACAUAUUGCAUAACUGCUCAUCUCGAUCCUUAGUUAUCAUUGAUGAGCUUGGUCGUGGAACAAGCACACACGAUGGUGUUGCUAUUGCUUAUGCUACGUUACAGUAUCUCCUCAAAGAGAAGAAGUGUAUUGUCAUUUUUGUCACUCAUUAUCCAAAAAUUCUUGAUAUUCAGAGAGAAUUUGAAGGUUCCGUUGGGGCAUACCACGUUUCAUAUCUAUCAACAAGGAAGCUGUUGGAAAUCACUGAUGAAAAGAUGGAAAUUGGCACAGAAACAGAGGAUCUUGGAGAAAUUACUUUCUUGUAUAAACUUGUUGCUGGAGCUUCAGACAGAAGCUUUGGUCUCAAUGUUGCUCUGCUUGCACAGCUCCCAUUAAGUUGUAUUAGACGUGCAUCAGUCAUGGCAGCCAAACUGCAAGAAGAGUUGAGUGAGCGCGAGGAAAAUAAGGUAGGGAGGCUGAUGGAGAAACCAGCCGGGCACUCUCCAAAAGCGGUCUGUGCCGCACAGCCUUACCAAGGGUUGAUGGAAGCGUGUCGCAGGAUACUUGGUGACAUGAGAUGUGUUGAAAGCAGUAAUGACCUGACGGAUACGCUUUCUCAUCUGAGGAACGCCAAGGAGAUUGCAGUGAAGACAACUAAAGGCUAGCGUUCUUCUCAUACGAGGUCUCAACCGGCUGUUGUUUCGUCCUUAAUUUAAAGGGGAACUAUCAGGUGAAUUGGCAGUGUCCUGACCGUAUUGACCAGCACGAGGUAUAGCUAAGCUAAUGGUAAGCAGCAAGUCGUCAGUCAGCCGUUAACAUCGAUCUUUUCUCCAUAGAGCAUCACGCAAGUGACCUACUGUAGACCAUGUAACUGCGGCAUGAGUGAGGCCGUGCACCAUCCAGAGUUAUUCUCUUUGUAAAUAAAUAUACACAGCCUUUUGUUAGCUUGGGUGGAAGUAGACGCAGAAAUGCGUGAUGGUGCGUCUCCUUGUCCUGUUGUCCAUCCAGUUUGCAUUCUUCAUGAUGUGUGCUCGUACUUUGAACUUGUUUUUUUUUUAUUAA